AUGUCUCUGCUUUCUCUAUUUUUGGCCCUUUUGCUUCAUCUUCGCCUGUCGCCCUUGGCGGCAAAACGAUUUCUAUUUGCAAAGAUGUUGCAAGAAGGAAUAUCCAGAAUGGCUCACUCUGCUCAAACGCUGGCGGUACGCCUCAGGGGAAAGAGGAGUGAUGGUGAGGUCAAGGGCGCUUUCAAUAAUGCGUGCAGCGACAAGUCGGGUACAGUCAUGGUUAAUACCCACGCUUGCUCCUGA